UGGGCGAAAACCUCCACAGCCUCAACAACUGCUAUACUGAUUAACAGAUUUAGGGAUUAGGGAUUUAGGGAUCUUCUGUGAAAUGGGAACAGACCGAUAGUGUCACGCUUCAGACUGACAAAUUUAUCGACAUAUAUAUUUAUGUGCUUGAUCCACUGGUAACAUUAUUUCCCUAUGUUUUUAUUAAUUAUUGUAGGCUUUACUGUAGGCUUUACUGUAAAGCUGUGGAAAAACUUUGCUAUUGCUCGAAUGUAAAGUGUGAUUCGUAUAGUCAUAAUAUAGAAAUUAUCUGAAUGUAAAUGCUUGACAUAUCAACAGUUUGUUGAAGUCCUUAAAAAGAUCAUUUCUUGUAAGUAGGAACCAGUGUGUCCCAACCGUUUGCUCUUAAGGGACGCUUAAAAUUGUAACACAAUAAUCAUGUGCGGUGCCAUUGUUUAGGUAGUUAGCUAACUAGCUUUUUUUUUUACCUACGUUGAGAGCUCAGAGCUCAUUUCUUCCACCACUAAUACACAAAAUAGAAAUAAAUGGAUCGACACGUCGGUAUAAAUAGUUUACAUUUAUUUUGUAGCCACUAAGCGGCUAAGCCGAUGUGAAACACGCCAGCUGUUCUUAAUGUGCCAUGAUUGUAGCUAGCUAGCUGACUUACCUCACCUGCUAAACUUGAAAGACAGCUUUACAAGGCUUUUUGUAUUAUCCCAGACAGUAUCAAGCCCCUCUCAUAUUCCUUUUUUCAUUCACUGAAACUGGACUACAGCAGGACACCUGUCAGAGUUAUCAACUAGUUAUGGUUUUGUAUGAAUUUAGAGUCCAGCACCAAGACGCUAAGUACAUGGUUGCUGGUCCUUCAGGAGAGUUUUAAUAGAAAAGGCUGGUAGAUGGUGAAGAUGGUCAGUUUUGGGAGUAAAGUGUGGUGUGGGGUGGAGAAGGGUUGUCGCUACCUGCCCAUUGUGCUCAAUACAACCCUGGUGUUCUCCAUCACGGCUGAAGUGAGCUAUCUGGUUUUGAUGGAAGCCCCCCUGGAGCCAGCACAGAAGGAGUCUGAGUGGUCUGCUCAUUGGAAGACCAUGCAUCUGCUUGCUCAGUACUUUAUGCUGGGAAGCAUAACAUGGAACGCCUCUCUGUUCCUUAAAACCAACCCGAGUAUCCGUGGAGUAUUCCUUAAUGGGGGUAUCGUGGGGCAGGGUUGGAGGUACUGUUUCACCUGUGAGACACACACUCCUCCACGAUGCUCGCAUUGUUAUGACUGCAAAGUGUGUGUCCUGCGUCGGGAUCACCACUGCGUCUUCUUCGGCCAGUGUGUGGGCUUCCGCAAUUACCGCUACUUCCUGAGCUGUCUGCUGUUCAUGUGGGCUGGUCUGCUGUACGCCGUGGUGAUGAACGCUGAGGUCUUCAUCGUCAUCUUGAAGGAAGGUGUUACCUUUCACAGCUUCAUGCUGCUCAUGGUGCCAUGGAUUAUGCUGGUCACUGGUCAGGUGACAGCGCAAGCCUUCACUUUUGCCUUCAUUGCCGACACCUGCGUGGUGGGCUUCCUGCUGGUCUCUGCCUUCCUCUUUUUCCAUGUGGGGUUGAUGCUGAGAGGUCAGACGACGAGGGAAUGGUAUUCUGCCCGGCGGCCGUACAGUCUCGGAAUGCUCGCCAACGUCCGUGAAUGCUUGGGUGAGCACUGGUACAUCUGCUGGCUCUGUCCUCUCAUUCCCUCCACCCUGCCCGGCGACGGCAUCAACUUCAAAGUCACUGGCUGUCUUGACCCCGUGAAGUGAAGGCUCUGCGCAACUAAUUUGACUCUAAAUCUGACGAGAUUCUGAUGUUUUCUUUAUCUAAAAGUGGAUGCAAUUGAUUUUAUCUUCAAAUCCUAGCAAACUUUGUUCUGGAGACAGCAUUAACUUUAGGGUCACAAGCAGUCAAAUUGGUUGUGCACAGCUAUCCAUGGUAAUAUGAAGCCAGAGUUAUAGGUAAUGUGAAGCCAGGGAAGGAUUUUAGUCAAGAUUAGUGGAUUUGAAGCACUGAUUACACUAACUGUGCACUGAGUGAAUAUUCUACCAGCUAUCUUUAAACAAUUACCAGCUAUCUUUGCAUCAUGGGUACCAGCAAGAAAUCUUCAUUUUAUUUUGCCAAAUCACUGUAUAUAGAAAAGGUUUACGGUUAACUGAUUUUAGACGAUCUUGAUGGGAUAGAUAUGUAUUGUCCUGGAGUAUAAUGUGAUGUGGAUGUUCCAUUUAAUGCAUUUAUAUUAUUGUCCCAGCACUGUAAUUAUGAUAUAAACCAACUGAAUGCUAUUGUGGUGAAUGGAAUUUUGUCUUGAAUACACUGUAUUUUUAUUUACUCCAUUGGAUUUUCUUUUUAUAUUUUUUAAUCAGUCAUUGAUGUGCCAAAUAACAUUUCGAAAUCUGUAUGCCAAGGUGAUAUUACUGAUACUUUUACGAGUUAAUAAACAGUCUGUAUACCAUUCAUCUAAGGGUUAUGUUAGAGCUUAUCCAGCGUAACAAUGAAAUAAAUAUCACUCAACUGUGACAAGCUCUGAGUA